CCGGAAGCGGCCGCUCCGUCCCGCGGGGCGAUGGCGGCAGGCGGCCCCUGAGGCGCCGUCAUGUACUCGGCUCCUGCCGCCGCCGCGGGACCGCCGCGUCGGGACUUCAUCUCCGUCGCUCUCGGCCCCGAGGAGGCGGUCGGGAUCGGUGGCUACAACAACAGCAAGGCCUGGCGGCGGCGCUCCUGCUGGCGGAAAUGGAAGCAGCUGUCCCGACUCCAGCGGAGUGUCAUUCUCUUCCUGUUUGCAUUCUUGGCAGUGUGUGGAGUCAUUUCAUACACAAGCGUGGGGGAAGCAUGGAAAAGUAUAACAAACAAAUCAUUGGAUAAUCAGAGAACACAACAAGAAAUUCCUGGAUUAAAGUUGGCAAAUCCUGCUGUUCUGCCAGCACCCCAGAAAGCAGAUGCCAGCCGUGGAGACUACCCUGAGCUUUCACCRCAGAAGCCACCGAAACUGCCUCAUGUUCGUCGUGGUCCUUCCAAUCUUCAGAUCAAGGCACCACGGAGAGAGACGAGGCUGAAGACCYUACGUGGUACUGUUAAAGCUGUGGAAGAGCUGGUUGAAGCUGAUAAAGCAGAGAAAACAGAAAAAUCCGUUAUCAGUUGGAGAGGAGCAGUGAUAGAACCUGACCAAAACACUGAACCUCCAUCCMCUAAAAUAAAGGAAUCAGAAAAACCUUCAUCUGUGGAAGCUGAAGACCAGAAAGAACCAGUGCCCAUCAAUGAGCGCCAGCUCGCUGUGAUUGAAGCCUUCCGCCACGCCUGGAAAGGGUACAAGGAUUUUGCRUGGGGCCAUGAUGAGCUGAAGCCUUUGUCCAAGUCCUACAGUGAGUGGUUUGGACUUGGACUUACCUUAAUUGAUGCCUUGGAUACCAUGUGGAUUUUAGGCUUAAAAGAAGAGUUUGAAGAAGCAAGAAAAUGGGUAGCAAAUGAUUUAGUAUUUGAUAAAAAUGUGGAUGUGAAUCUAUUUGAGAGCACUAUCCGUAUCCUGGGCGGUUUGCUGAGCACCUACCACCUCUCCAGAGAUAGCCUUUUCCUGGAAAAAGCUAAAGACAUUGGAAACAGGCUUAUGCCAGCAUUCAAGACCCCCUCCAAGAUCCCAUAYUCUGAUGUCAACAUUGGUCGAGGCACUGCACAUCCCCCUCGCUGGACMUCUGAUAGCACUGUGGCAGAGGUGACCAGCAUUCAGUUGGAGUUUAGGGAGCUCUCUCGUCUAACUGGAGAUGAGAAAUUCCAGAAAGCUGUAGAUGAGGUGAUGAAGCAUGUUCACACCCUCUCAGGGAAAAAUGAUGGUCUUGUGCCUAUGUUCAUAAACACCAACAGCGGGCAGUUCACCCACCUGGGGGUUUACACUCUGGGAGCCAGAGCUGACAGCUACUAUGAGUAUCUGCUCAAGCAGUGGAUUCAGGGUGGAAAGAAAGAAAAUGAGCUAUUAGAAGACUAUAUGAAAGCCAUAGAAGGAGUGAAAAAGCAUCUUCUUCAGAGAUCAGAACCCAAGAAGCUUACUUUUGUAGGAGAGCUUGCUCACGGUCAUUUCAGUGCCAAGAUGGAUCACUUGGUUUGCUUCUUGCCGGGUACUUUAGCACUGGGAGCCCACAAUGGCCUGGCAGCUGAUCACAUGAAGUUGGCUGAAACYCUUAUAGAAACCUGCUACCAGAUGUAUGUUCAGACAGAGACAGGCCUGAGCCCAGAGAUCGUACACUUCAACCUCCGGGCACAGAAAGGCCACAAGGAUGUGGAAAUCAAGCCUGCAGACAGGCACAACUUACUGCGACCAGAAACUGUGGAAAGCCUUUUUUAUAUGUACAGAUUCACUGGUGAUAAGAAAUACCAAGACUGGGGCUGGGAAAUCUUGCAGAAUUUCAACAGAUACACCCGGGUUCCUACAGGUGGUUAUACUUCCAUUAACAAYGUCCAGAAUCCCCGUAAUCCAGAGCCACGGGAUAAAAUGGAGAGCUUCUUCCUUGGGGAAACACUCAAAUACAUGUUUCUGCUGUUUUCAGAUGACAUAGACUUAAUCAACCUUGACAAAUACGUCUUUAACACAGAGGCACAUCCACUCCCUAUCUGGGUGCCAGCAUAGACUCUGCAUCCAGUGGUGGCAUUUUUAUCUUCAAGUCACUUUACUUUUCAGAGGAGAGAUGCUAUAAUGCAGCUUCUUUGGCUUCAAACAACAAACAAAAGCUUGGGAAAAGCAUCUCUGGUUUGAAGAGAUCAUGUCAGUCUUAAAUCUAAUCCCUGGUUCUGGGAUGGGCAAAGCUGUGCCAUAUAAAGCUGGUUUCCCUGGUACUUAUGAUGAGGGUCAGAGGGUAAUUUUAGUGCAGACUAUGACAUUCCUGGGGCUCUGGUGACCCCGAACUCACUGCAGUGAACUGGCUUAAGGCACAGGGUUGUUCCUGGAGAGCAGCAGCCUAUAGUAUUCUGGUUUAUUCUGGAUUCACUGAAACACUGGAUUACAGAGCCAUUCCUUUGYCAGACUGUGACAGUGGUUCAGGUGGAGAGUGGAAUAAACAAAAGAGCUGUAGUGYUGUCCCAGGUAGAAGCUGUCAGUAUUACUGCUGGUACUCUGAUCUCCUUCCAAGCUCCCAAGCUAUGCUGCAUCACCUUAGGAGAGGGAAGAGGCAGCAGAACAUCUGUUGUAUAGUCUUAGUUUUGUAGAGCACUUUGAACAGUCUGGUCAAGCUGAGGCUGAAAUGAUUGGUGAAAGAGAAUUUGCUGCUGGUUUGGCUCAAAGUGGUAUAUAAUUUUGUAGAGGUAUAACAGUUUUUUAAUUUAUCUGCAGGAAUGCAGAAGAUAUUGUGAAAUUCAAGUAGAACUACAUGUCCAUUUUAUAUCUUAUUUGCAUCAGUUAGACUCAGGUAUUCUGACUGAAAGCUGCUUUCUGAGGUUGGGCACUUGUGAGCAUAUUUGGCAUCAGCCUCCUUCCAUCCCUUCCUGUUCAGAUAUCACAUCAUAGGUGUUUGUUGACUCAAAACAAGCUUACAACUAAACAGUACAGUUCAUGUUACUCAUAAUUUCUUGGACCUUGGUGAAAUUUUCCAUUAUUUUUUCCGUAGGAGUAUAUUGGGUAUUUUCAAUAGUAGUAUUAAAAGCAGACAGUCUAAAGGUAUUACAGCAAUUCUAGACCYCAGUAGAGUUGAAGAAAAUAAUUUCAGUUACUUGAAGAGAAAGUAGACCUAGGUUUUAUAAGAAUCUUACAGGAAUCCUGGGAUCUUUCAUCUUUAUAUGUGCACACAUAUAAUUAUAAGUUAUGAAUAUGGAAAUGAGCUUUCUAGAGUGCUUUUCCUUUUGUAUUGGACUUGGACAGUCCUGUAUUCACGGGUAAGAUCUCAGAAAUGUGAUUGUUCAUAUUUCUGGAAGAGGUUGGUCUCACUGAAAUACUCCUUCCCCCAUUGGCAAUGGGUGUGAUGAGCAGGGCCAGGAGGUUCCCACUAAAUCCAGGGGUCCAGGGCUGUUAAUGGAGCUGGUUGAAUUUGACUACAAUGUUUUGUUUUCCAGUGGCUGAGGGAGUUCUUUUACAAUAAUUGUAAUCUCUGAUUUGUAAAGUAAGAUGCAUCUUUAUUUGUUUUAUGCUGAUCCAUUUUUUGUGCUGGAGUUACAAGUUACUCUUGGGACCAYUAUUUAAGUCUUUCCGAUAAUAUUUAUCAUUCCGUGUACUAAUGGAAAUGGAGAAAUUUUACAAAUUACUUAAAUGCACAUUUUUCUGCCAUCAGAGGGACCCGGACCUGGGAUUGGCAGGACAUGAUCAGUCAGUGCAGAAUGUUAAUGUUCCUCCUGUUCACAUGCCAGCAGUAACUCUGGCAACCAGCUCCUCACUUGAAAGUGCAGUGGAAUCCAGUCACUAUGGCCMUUGGCUGCACAACUGAUUUGCUGCCAAGGCUUCUGUUUUCUUUGGCACAACAGCAAAUGAGAGCACUGGUAAAACGUGGGAGGAAACACCUUCAGUGUUUUUGUUUGUGAAGCAGGUUUGUGCUGCUGAGGAGCUGAGCUGUGGCUAAAAGCUAAAGGCUUGAAAUUCGACAUUAAAGAAAAAAUUAAAAAAAAAAAAUUCAGUGACACUACUCAGACCCUGUUGACCUGUGUUGCUUUGGCCUUGUGCCUUGAACCUUUAAUUAUGACUCURCUAUGGAUUGUAAAACUUCCAGGGUUCAGUGUUUCACCCAGAGAGCUGCUCAGCUGAGGCAAGAGAGAUUUCUUGAAAAACGGAAUACAUACAAAGGCUUACCAAAAAAUUUCUGGUUUUGAACUUGUACACAAGUCUUAAUGUAAUUGAUUCUACAAAUGGGACUAUAGGAGUCUGUGUGAUGAUUUUUUUUUUGGCCUUAUGAUUGAGAGUAAUAAUUAAUUUCCUAAUGAGUUGAAGGAGAGAAGAAUAAACUCUCACUUUCUCAAACAUGUCUUGUCUUUUAGCUGAGCCUUUUGGUCAAGCUGAUUUCCAUCUAGUUSUUCUUGGGACAUGCAAUUUCUUCAAAAUGUGGCUUUACUGUCCUCAGCCUUUAAACCCAAGGUUCAGAUUGUUUAGCUCUCACUUUGAGAACAAAUGCUUGUUUCRGACCCCUAUAUCACAUGUAAAAUAGCACAAACUAAAUAAUCUCAAUAAUGCUCAUCUGUUCUUCUGCAGAGGUCAUUAUAAUUGCUUAUUUAUUUKUACUUCCUUAACAAACUGUUGGGUCAGAUCAGUCUCUGAGCUCUGCAGCUUACUUCUGUUCUAUGAUGUGCACCCUCAGCACCACAGAAGCUCAAAGUUUCCAUUUGUGUUCCUUGUUUCAAAGCCUGAGCUGCUGGGUCUGCAACCCACUUUGGUGUCUCUGAAUACUGGGACACUCCUGGCUUAAGUGGAGUGUUGUGGAAAGGCCACCACUGAGCCAGGGAUUCUGUCCCUUACAACAGAAAGCCUUGRGCUUUCACUGAGAAACAGAGCUGGRGAUGGGYRGAGCCCCAGAGUACUGCAGGGCUGUAGGAUUUGGGAGCCUCACACUUGGGGGCUUUGAGCCACAGCUCAGGAAAAAAUAUUGACCUGUUUAUGCAAAGAAAAUUCAGCUGAUGGGGCACAGUUACCAUCUAAUCCCUGAACUUUUGAAAGCUGAAUUCUCAUUACAGUCUUAGAAACUGGCAAUUUUGCAAGGUCCCCUAUGUUGGCUGACAGGACCCUUGUGUUUUGCGGGACUUUCCAGUAACUGGAUUUUCAGCAUUCCAUGCCAAGCUCAGGUACAGGUGUAUUUAUUCCUCCAAAUACAAACAAAAAAUACACCUUGUUUCCUGUUCCAUGCCACUGUGAUGUUGGCAGUGAUGAUGGAUGAAGACAGGRAAGUUUUUUGCAAUCACACAUUUAUAGUUUUGUGAAGUUUUCCUGCACUUUAGGACUUGCCUCAGCUGUGCACUCCUAAAGAUAGCCCUUUAGAGAAUUCACCGCCUGAUUCCCAGUGCCAUACUCAGUGUAUUUAUUUAACAGGAAAAAUGACAUGACAGGGUAGCUCCAUGAAACUUGUUGCUUCAGCAGAAAGGGUUAACAUUUUUUCUGACUUUGGAUUUGGGAAGAAAGCUUUGGGCUUUUUUGGUGUCAGAAAUAUUGCUGGAGUUUGCUGUCUAAGGCUGAAGGUUAUGUGUCCAGUGAAGCCCAACACUGAGUUCCUGUUGUGUGCACUGUUACCACCUUGGCCACACUCGUGUCACUAAAUGAUGAUGGAACAAAUGAGCCUUUGUUCAACAACCUCACUGGUGCAGGCCUUAAGCACAGGGUCUGGUCUGGGUCACUCGCUGCUUGCACCCAUUUUCCUUGUGUGGCCCUGAAGUUCAAYCAGGAGCAGCAUUCCCAUGAUGCUUAAUAGUGAUGCUUUGGAGCUCUUUCUUCAGCUCAGCACCACACAACAGGGUUUUCCUUUUACAUUCCAUGCUUGCUUGSCCAAGGAUUCAAAGCAUUAUGGAUGUUGGUGGCACACUGGCUUCAUACUUUUGCCAUGGUUUCUUUUAUGGCACAGUUCAUCUGUCAUGGAAUGUCCACGUCACAUUCAUCUCGUCACCAUACUGUCUGAAAGUCUUUCAUGUAUCCUUCCAUAUCAAACUAUGUGUAUUCAUUUGGGUAAGAACUAUCUGUAAGAGGAAAAKAAGAGCUCAGUAUAGUAGAAGGGGAUUAAAAAGCUCUUGUCCUCGUGGAAGGUCAGCAGACACCCAGGCCUUUCUCUCCGAAGCGCAAGCCGAGCCCUGGCAAUUGGAAUGAUGUGCAGUGACUUCCUAAGAGACUUGUCCUGAACCUGGCUGUGUUCAUAUGUUGCUGGGCUGGUGACACUGGGUGCCUGUUUACGGGUGGGAAGGGUGCUGUUUGAAGGGAAAUAAACGCAGGAUGCAAUCCUCGCUCUCUGCUUUUUUUUAAUUCUUAAUGUGUUAAUCCUGAAUAAUGGCCGGGGAUACAGCAAAUCUGAAUUCAGGGAAGUUGGGGGCUCUGAGCACAGAGGAUGACCCYAAGUCCAGCACUUCAGUAAGGCUUGAUGUGGCAGCAACAAACCCAAAGCCUGACUUGAGCAGGAGCAGAAAGGGCGGUGGCAGCUCUAAGCAAGGCACUUGGAGGUUUUCAUCAGCAUGAACAGAGAGGAUUCAGGUCUAGCUGARAAUGUAGUGCCACUGGCAGUCUUAGAGUGAUUUUUGUAGGGAGUUUGAUUAAUUGGGAGUUCCAAGUUGUCCUUCAUUUACAUGUAUCUGAAAUAGCUGAUCUGUGGAUCCACCUGUUCUGCUCUCCGCAUCAUCCCUGGGUGGAGGAAGCAGAGGAUUUGGCCUUUUGUUAAGAAGGGGGCAGAGGUGGAUGGGACAGAUCUUGGCACCCAAAUACUGUGGAACACCAGCAGGGGCUCUGGGAACUAGSCAGGCUGUGACCAGGGAGGGCCCAGCAGUGCAGACACUUGACCCCAAGCACUGCUGUGACUGUGCCACUCAAGCAAUGGAAACUUUUGCGGACUCAAGAGACCUCCCCACUAAUUCAUAAAAUCAAUGUAGAGUAAAAUCAACUGAGGCAGUCAGUUGAUUACCAGGGUUUAGUAUUUUUGCAGUUAUGUAAUAAUUACCGGUGCUUAGUCAUUCCAGUAGCACCUGUUCAUAUGCAAAGAUCCACCUGGGAAAGUGAGCAGAAACUUUUUAAUCUUCUUUGGUUAUACUACCAAGCCAUGAAGUUACAUCACUCCCUUUAAUAAACUUUUAUAUUACACACUUUAA